CAAAAGGCCAAGAGAUCAUCUCUACUGGAUAUUUUCUUAUAUAUAUAUAUACAAACACUAGCUACCAUGUCUGCAGUGACCAAAAGCUCUGAUCAUGAGGAGAAGCACGUGGCCUUCUUGGCGUUCCCAUUCGGCAGCCACCCCCUUACUCGUCUAAGUCUGCUGCGUAAAUUAGCGAGAGCUGCCCCAAACGUUCACUUUUCAUUCAUAAACACACCAAACUCCACCCACUCACUCCUCUCAAAAUCAACAGCCGACGACGACGUUCCACAUAACAUAAAGUUCUACCAAGUAGCGGACGGAGUGCCGGAGAAUCAUGUUCUCACCGGAAAAAACCCUGUAGAGGCUGUAAACCUUUUCCUCAAGGCCACGCCCGACAACCUCAAAAAGGGUUUAGACACGGCAGCGGCGGAGACCGGUAAGAGAAUCACCUGCCUGCUCUCCGAUGCUUUCUUGAGUGCUUCUGCUGCGGAGAUUGCGGAGGAUAUGAAUGUUCCAUGGAUCCCCAUUUGGUCAAGUUUGCCAUGCUGUCUCUCCGCUCACGUUUACACUCACCUCAUUCGCCAGCGUUGUGAUGGCAAUGGUAGCGGAACACUGGAUUUUGUUCCAGGGCUGUCCGCCAUGCGUGUUGCUGACUUGCCGGAGGAGGUGCUGAUGCCGCGGGUGGGCGAAGAAGAGUCAAUUUUCUCACGCACGUUAAGUCAAAUGGGUUCCGCGCUACCGCGAGCUAAAGCCGUCGUGAUGGGUUUUUUCGAGGAACUAAACUCUCCCCCUCUCAAUCAUGACCUUAGAUCAAAGUUUCAGAAUGUGCUUUAUGUUGGCUUUCUCACCCUAUCACUACCAGCACCGCCUUUACAACCGUUGAUUUCGGAUCCAACCGGCUGCCUAUCGUGGUUGGACGGUAAAAAGAAUGGAUCAGUGGCAUAUGUUGGAUUUGGAACUUUGGCAUCGUUGCCGCAUGAGGAGCUAAUAGCAACAGCAGAAGCACUACGAACGAGUGGAGUUCCAUUUCUUUGGUCUCUUAACGAAAAGUCAAAGGAACUAUUGCCGAAAGGGUUUCUUGAGAAGACGAGGAUGCAUGGAAAAGUAGUGGCGUGGACACCCCAAGCGCAAGUACUAGCGCAUGCUUCUGUAGGUGUGUUUGUGACGCACAGUGGAGCAAACUCUGUUUACGAGAGUAUUGCAAACGGGGUGCCGUUGAUCUGCAGGCCGUUCUUCGGCGAUCAACACAUGAUCGGGCGAAUAAUAGAGGAGUGGGGGAUUGGUGUCGGAGUUGAGGGAGGUGUAAUCACGAAGAAUCGGUUGGUCAAGAACUUAGAACUCGUUUUGGGACAUGAACAAGGAAAGGUGAUGAGGGAGAAGGCCGAAGCCCUCAAAGAGGUUGUUUUAAAAGCUGUUGACAAUGCUACGCAAGAAUUCAAUAGUUUGGUACAUCUAAUCUCGCAAUAAAGUGGUUAUUAAAUUCUCUGACAGUAAAAUUAUUCAUGCUGUCAUGCUGCCACUACGUGUCUCUUGUCAGUUGCUACUUUAGUAAAGGUCAUGCUGCUACUCAAACUUUUCAAGACUGUCUCUCUUGUUUUUUUGUUUUCUUUCGGUAUUUGCCUUAUUUUUAGUGCACUUAAUUUAUUGUGUACACUAUGUAGUUUGAUGGAUCACUUCUAAUCUUAAGUUAAGAAGUAUUUUCAACCA